CUGGAAGCUUGUUGCGCCCGCCCGCGAAAGAGAGUGUCGUCGCUUCGCUGCAACGGAGCCGCUGACAUCAACCUACCCGCGACGCAUCACCUUCCACGAUCCCAAAAAAACCAAAAGCUCCUCUAAACACCACGAGCUUUGUCCAUCCACAGCGGCACUUGAACCUUUUUUUUCUUUCUCGAGUCCCAUCUUACCAAAUCCAUCCAAAAUGUUCGGACUCGGCAGGCCGCAGCCCACUUCGGCCGAGAAGAUUGCCGCCGUUGAGAACGAGCUCAAGGUUGUCGCUGAGAUGCACUCUCGCAUGGUCAAGAUCUGCACCCUCAAGUGCAUCGACAAGUCGUACCGCGAGGGCGACCUCAGCAAGGGCGAGUCCGUCUGCCUCGACCGCUGCGCCGCCAAGUUCUUUGAGACGCACCAGAAGAUCUCGGACCAGCUGCAGAAGGAGACCCAGGCCCGUGGUGGAGGUGGCUUCGGCAUGUAAAACAGCCUUUUUUUUGGAUUACUGGAACGGGGGAAGGACACGACGACAACAAAACAAAAGAAUAAAAAGUUAUACCCACACCACACCUGCUCGCAUUGAUCCGGCUUCCCCCAACCCGCCGGCUCUUGGUUCUCGGCAGACAGAGGAUAAGCAAGACAUGGAGCAGGAGAGGACAUGAAUAAGGUGCUGGGAGAAGCGGGGGGGAGGGAGGGGGCGCAGUGUCUAUGAAAGAGGGUCGAAGGACUGCGUCCCGUGUAUUAUACACCUCAACACCAUGGCAUUGUGACUUUGGAGAUAGAGGAUACUGUGGAUAGGGAACAACGCACAUAUGCGGCAACUGAUGGUUGAACAUUGACGAGAUACUCGAUUCAACGACAUGUUACGGUUGACCUGUGAUGAUUAUCGAUGAACAUUGACGGUUCUGGCUGGGCAUUCAGCAUGAUCUGGAAAAUCAAUGAGAGCAAGGACCAGAUACGAUUACGAAGCCGUUCGGAUGGCAUCAAGAGUGAA